AUGUCUAACGCAGAAGCAAGCGCCAGCGGAAGUGGUGCCUCAACCCCAGCGAAGGAGAAGAAACCCAAAAAGCUGCCAGCAUGUGAUGUUUGCAAGGUCGGUUUUCGGGAACUUGACGCCGAGUGCCAGAACGAACACUUCUCCACUAGGCGCGGCGCGUGCUUUGCCAUCCUCAGCCAAAUGGAGCGCCCUGUCCGAGAUGUGUGGAGAAAAAGAUCAUCAAGUAACAGAUGCAUGACUACGCCAAUUCGGCGAGGGCGACCUCCAAAACAUCCUCCGCAAAGCGCGACCACAGCCGCCCUGACAUUAUCAGCUGCCCGACAGCCUCCGCAGAUCUCCCUUGCAUCUUCUCAAUCCCGUGGACCUGCGCUCGAGGGAGGAUCGGCAGAUUGUCCAGAACUAUCAUCUGAGUUUGUCGCCCAUUGCUUUGAGGCUAUAAAAUACACCCCGCAAUAUAGCCAUCCACUCAUCGCAGCUGCGGGCAUCCGGUCUGACAUCCGAGCCGUGGCGUUCCAAGUUCACUUGCUCCCUGCCCCCUCCCGUGUUCUAGCUCUAUGUAUUAUCGCACUUGCGUCGCUUUCUUCCUUUCACCCUUCCAUAUUGAGCGGGCCGGGGCCGAAACCCGACUCGUUCACCGAUCCCACCUUCUUCUCGGCCUCGUCGGACGCCGAUCUUCUCGGAUGUGGUCUGCGGCGCGCUCCGGCGUACAAGGCACUACGAGACGAGGCGCUCAAAGCUGCCUGGGAGACAGGCGUGAUGCUCCAGCCCUCAAACGAAAAUGCGGCUAGUUGCUACUUACUCGAUCUGAUGGAGCAGAGCGAUUUCUGUGGCGCGUCGAGACCGUGGGCGGGUGCUUACUUGUCGCAUGUCCGGGCUUUGGCACCAAUUUGGCAUGCGGCCGGUUUCACGGCAACAGACGCGGCACACUGGGCGGGAUAUUUGUUUGAACAGAUGGCGGAAGGGCUCAUAUCUGCGAGAAGCAGAACACCAUUUUUGGUAACUCGAAGUGAUCAGCUACUGCUCUCCGGCCCAGACCCACCGCCUUUAGAUGAGAUGCUCGACAAUCUUGAGAAGGCAUCGAGAAAUCCGAGCUUUUCUCUUCUGUGGACGUCAUCGACACCAUAUAUGUUCCAUGUUGUUUCACUUUCUCGGCAAUUGUCAGAGUCUAUUGCAGGAGAUUAUGCACGGCUGAACCCACUGUCCGAAAGCGCAGUGAUCCGAUAUCUCUCCUCGCUGACCACAUUGCACGCGAUCUUAUCUCUUCUGUUGGAGCGAGUGGAUGCAGCUCUGACAAGCAGCUCUGAUUCUUCUCCGCCUGCGCCAUUCUUGCUCGAUAGCGCAAAUAUCGACGUCGCAGCACGCUCCGCUGCGUACGGCGCGGUAUUUGGCUUUGCAGGUCUUGUCCUCCCUUUUUAUCGAGAGCUUGAGGCCCGGGAAACCACGGACUCGCCGAGUGCACACUCGGAUCAAACACGGGAUCGACUGCGCGUGCUGAGGAAACAGGCACGUGAUAUGACCUGUCUCGGCGCGCGAGAGAUAGCGCGGGCGGUACGAUAUUUGCCCGAAGUCCACUUCACUCCAGUGCACUGGAGCACGAUGUUUGCUUGGGCCGAAUUUUGUUUGGAAGAAGCCGAUGCGAGCAGCUCGGUGUCUUCGGAACAAGCCGAGGAUUAUGCGACGAUCGUACGAGAGCUGAAACUGCUUGGGUACUCACUUGAUUCCGCGUCAUCUCCUCCAGCUCUGGGUACGAUUGAGCGGCUCGAAGGCCAUGUAGCCGCGGCCCAGAGUGGCUACAUCGCAGCACCUCCGCCGCCCGCACGAUACUUUUUCGAUCCUACUACGCUGACACAUAUUUAUUUACCUUUAGAAACACCCUGGCCGGACCAGGGCGCGCAUCAGAUGAUGAUGGCCUGA